CAACGACCACCAUACCAACCCGUCACCGCCCCCAAUUUGACGACAGCGCAUGGGCAUGAUGCGCGGGUGACCCCAUCACUGAGAAAACCCUCAACAUCGCAUCCACCUCGCGCGUAGGCAGUUACUCCUGAUGAAUGCGACUCUGGCCAGCCUCUCCGGCGGCGACUUGCCCUCGUCUGCCCUGGCCUUCAUCGACAACGCCGCCUCCUACCUGCAGCAAAUUCCCGGCUCGGCCAUUGUGGUCCGCUACAUCCGAUCUUCCUACCAGAAUGACCCCGUCCGCAGCGCUGUCGAGCUGUUCCUGUUCAUCUUCGCCGUGCGAUAUCUGCUGGCGCCAACCUACAGCACCAAGAGGAAAAAGAACGUGCCCCUGACGGAAGAUGAGGUCGACGAGUUGGUGGAGGACUGGACCCCCGAGCCAUUGGCGGGCGAGGAGACGGAAUUCGAGAAACUCACCAACGAGAAAUCGCCUGUCAUCACUGGACCAGCCGGGCCCAAGGCGAAGCUGGCCAACGGCAGGACUGUCACCAACCUCGCCAGCUACAACCACUACAACUUUGCCGGCAAUCAGGAUCUUAUGAGCAAGGCCGUCGCUACCGUGCGCACCUAUGGUGUCGGUCCGUGCUCUCCGCCGGGCUUCUAUGGCACACAGGACGUCCACAUGAAGAGCGAGGCAGAUAUCGCGGCGCACAUCGGAAUGCCCGCAGCCAUCAUUUAUGCCCAGAGUUUCUCCACUAUCAGCAGCGUCAUCCCGGCCUUCAGCAAGAGAGGCGAUGUCAUUGUGGCAGACAAGGCAGUCAACUAUCCGAUCCGAAAAGGGCUACAAAUCUCGAGAAGUACCGUACACUGGUAUGAGCACAACGAUAUGGAGGACUUGGAGCGAGUCCUCCAAAGAGUCGUCAAGCAGGGACAAGGCAAACCACUUACGAGGAGGUUCAUUGUGACGGAAGGCUUGUUUGAGAAUGUGGGCGACAUGGUGGACAUGCCGACUCUGAUUGAGCUCAAGUUCAAGUACAAGUUCCGCAUCAUCUUGGAUGAGACUUGGUCAUAUGGUAUCCUGGGACGAACGGGCAAGGGAGUGACAGAACACCAGAACGUGGACCCUACCAAUGUGGACAUGAUCAUCGGCGGUCUCGCAGGAGCCAUGUCGAGUGGCGGUGGCUUCUGCGCAGGAAACACCGAGAUUGUGGAACAUCAGCGACUUAGUGCGGCCGCGUAUACAUUCUCGGCCGCGCUGCCGGCUUUCCUGGCGACGACGGCAUCCGAGACGGUGACGAUGCUGCAGGAAGAUCCACGACAUAUCGCCAUGCUUCGGGAAAACAUACUGGCCAUGCGUGCACAGCUUGAUCCACGAAGUGAUUGGGUUCGUACACCCAGUGCACCAGAAAACCCAAUCAUGCUCCUCGUGUUGAAGGAUCAGCAUGUCCAAGAGCGGAACCUCAGUCGCGCUGAACAGGAGGCUCUGUUGCAGGAUUGCGUAGACGAGUGCCUCAACAAUGGCGUACUCAUCACGCGACUCAAGUCCAUGCCCGGCGCUCUCGGUCUGGCGCCGAAAGAUCUCGAAAAAGAAUGGCAACCUCAGCCGGCUCUGAAGGUGUGCGUUACUGCUGGUCUGACGAAGAAGGAGACGGAGAAGGCCGGUAUUGUCAUCAGACAUGCCAUUACUACUGUGAUGAAGAGUAGGAAGUGGCAGAGAUAGUGAAGCUGCUGUAUAAUUGAUGUAAUAACUAAGACUUUGCACCACGGGCCAUGAGCCAUUGUCACCUCAUCAUAUUCCCGCCUGACAUUACACUCUUGGCGUCAAUCGACAGGCAAAGUCAUUCGCAGGAAUAUUGGCUGCUGUCAUACCGGGAACGCCAGUGUCUGAUGCAUUUCCGGGAUACAGAAUCGUUCGAAUCUGCCCAUCGAGAUCGAUAAUGUCCACGGUCUCCGCCUUGACGGGCUCGUGCAGCUCAAAGUCGCCGUCGGAGAAGGACAGACGUUUGUUCACCGAUGGUUCCGAGAAAUCAAACGUCUGGAACAUCCUCGCGGCGAGCAUACACAAUUCCGCAAUGGCAAAGUUGCGGCCGGGACAUGGACUUCUACCCAGACCAAAAGUCAAGUCAUACUUGAGAAGCUGGUCGCCCUCGCCGACGAAUCUGUGACCUUUCCAAUAUCGGACAUCCGGACCAUAGACGUCGGCAUCCAUCGCACACGCUUCUGCCAUGGAGUGCAAGAUAUCGCCCGGCUGAAAGACAUGAUCCUCGAUCCCCGGAAGCGUGCACGGUCUAAUGACCGUCGCCGGUGUCCCCGUAAACACACACUGUCGAAACGUCUCGAAAAAGGCCGAGUAGAGAUGCGGGGUGGCGACUUUGAAAUUCACCUGUACCAAAUCCUCUCCUUCCCCCAACGCAUCGCACUCCUCUCGAAUCACCUUGCACAGCGCCGGUGCCUGCGUCACAUAUACAAACAACCACCCCAGCGUCUCAGGCGUAUUCGCCAUAAACGCCACGACCAUCAUAUUCAAAAAUUUACUCCCCACGUCCGGUGGCGAACCCGCUGCCUCAAAGACGCGAACAAUAGCUUUCAUCUCCUCCGAUGCACUCUCCAAGCCGCCGCGUUGAUACCACGCCAUUAAUGUGUCGAAGAGUGCUUGUCGAGCUUUGCGUGUCCGACGACAGCCUGCUGUCAGCCGACUGCUCAGCCACAAGGGGAGAGGAAGGUUGAAACUCCA